AUGGCUUUGGCCCCCCGGGUAGUUUGCAGUAGUUCUCAAUCCCGCUUCCCCGUAGCUGCCGGCUCAACAGCCAGGGUGAGCCAGGGUGAGUUUGAGCGGUUCGGAUUGGCUGCAGAACGAGAAUCGUGCUCACGGAGCGGAGAUGUGCUGACAACCCAUAAGACGGACAUAUCCCCCACCCUGUUCAGUGAACUCAAUUACUCAACAGUGCAAAUCAAUUUGUCGUGCCUGUUAAUCACAUCAUUGGUAGCCGAGAGCCUUGCUGCAGUUUGA